AUGGAUCCCGGUGACAAGCUCACACUGGAUUUGGUGGACCUGAUCAAACAAUGGAAAGUGGAAGGGUGUGAGAUUCUCCUUGGGUUAGAUGCAAACAAAGAUGUCUCCUACAACUCUCCCUCUUCAUUCCGCCAAGAGAUGCGGUCAGAAGGUCUGACCAAGGCCAUCUUACGCCGACUUCAGGGCCCUUACCCAGCGACAACCCAAAGUCGGACGACGGAUACUCCCAUCGACGGUAUAUUUGUGACCGACGGCGUCCGUGUAAGGGCAGGUGGAUACUUGGACUUUCAGCAGUAUUUGAAGUCGGACCACAGGGGACUCUGGAUUGACAUUGACCUGGAAGCGACUCUUGAGGCCCCACCGGUGACCUCUUCCUUCCAACCACGUUGGUUGACACUGGCCGAUGGUCGGUCUGUCGACCGCUAUAUUAAGGCUGCAGAAGCAGGCUACCGGCAUUUCCGCCUUCCCCAACGCUUGACCCAAUUAGCGGAGGAUAUUUUGGUCCAGGACGGUUACCUUACGGCGAAUCAAAAAGCUCGAUUCAACACCAUUCAUCGCCAGGCCUAUGAGAUCCGCCGAAAGGCUGAGCGCAACUGCCGGAAACUGUCGAUGGGUAAGGUGCACUGGUCACCACAAAUGCAGCAGAAAUGGGAUAGAUUGCACCUUUACCAGCUCCUAAUCUUGGGCCAUAAACAGGUCAGGACUAGUUCACGGAAGGUACGGCGUUUGUUGAAGAAGACCGGGCUGAGCGAUGCAUGGAAAUUAUCCAAAGCUGACCUACAGGCAAAGUGGUACCAUGAACAUCAAGCCUACAAAGAUGUCAAGCGGAAGCGUGCCCAUCAGUGGCGCCUGGAAUAUCUGGAGACUCGAUUGGCAGCGGUCCAGAGUGCAAAGAAGGGCAACAUCAAAGCUCGUACCAGACGGACUUGA